AUGAAAGCAUUGGAUCAACGACCGGUCCACUGUGCAUCAAAGAAGACUCAAAGACAGCCAGCGAGAUAACAGAUAACCAAAAGAAAACAGCUAAGAAAGUUUCAGAACAAACCAGACCAACAAAAAGAUAAACCUCCCUACAGUCAGGUAUCCAGUAUGCGGGCUCUGGUGGUUUUGCCUCUGCUGUUAUGUGCAGUGGUGCAUGUGGACCAGGUGAGAGCGGAGGUGAAGGCAGUGAAGCUGUGCGGUCGAGAGUUCUUGAGGGCCGUCGUUUAUACCUGCGGAGGCUCCCGUUGGAGGAGAUUCCUCAGUGAGUCAGACAUGGAUGUUUUGCCCACAGGGGAGCAGAGCAGUUUGGAGAGCCUGAGCAGCAGCAACCCACGCCCCCAAACCAAACGGGAUAUUAAUAACAUACUGACCACUGUGUGCUGCCAGGUGGGCUGCAGGAAGAGCGACCUCACCUUCCUCUGCUGAGGCCAACCCCUCUCUUCUUCUCUCUCAUUCCCCAAGUGACCAAAAUGACUCUGUUCUCUCCCAUUUUUCCUUAGUAGAAACCAAAUCUGAAUCAAAAUACUGAUGUUUAAAAACAAUAUGACCACUGUAUUGUAUGUACAAUACUGCUCAUAUCCCCAACUGCUAUUUGUAUUACUUUAACUUGUGAGGUUUGUCGAUGUGAAUGUGGACCACUUGAGCAUCUGUGAACAUGUUUCUGAACCCAAGCUGGAAGAUAUAAAAUAUAUUUGAUUAUGAUAGAAAUUAACCUAUGAGAAUUAGGAAACAAAACUAAGUUGAGGUAAAUACACUCAGGGAUGAUAUUCAAGGGUGUAGGACUGUAUCACUUCCCACUCAGACUCUGUGUAAAGAGAGGACAGAUGUCUUAGCCUGGGCUUGUGUCCUGCAUGUAGACAAGUAUCUGUAGGAAAUGUAUUUAUAGGAAACUGGAGCUGUAUUCUAUCAUUUCACUAUUUUUGUCAAAUAAAUGUUCUUGCAUAGGGA